AAGAAUAGAUAGAGGGAGGGAGGGGGAAUGAGUGAGGGAGAGAGAGUGGUAGAGAGCGCGCGCUCCAUCCUCCCUCCCUCUCUCUCUCUCUCUCUCUCUCUCUCUCUCUCUCUCUUUUCUCCAGCGCGUGGAUGGUGGAUGGUAGCGGAUGGCGGUACGCGGCGUUCCGGGCUGUUACGGGGUUUCUGCACAUUAAUCCUUUAUUAUUCGGUGGAUAUCUCCGGGUCUCCGGGUCUCCGGUUGAGGAUCGGUGUAUAUGGAUUGUAUAUUACCGGGACCGGGCGCUGCAGUGGACCGCUCUCCUCGCGCGCUGCCGCAGCCAAUCAUGUGCUCCAUUAUAACCACAUCCUGGCGAGAGAGAACCAGCAGACGAUAAAUUAUGAAUGUUGAACAAGAUGACCUCUUACCAUCCGCACCAGAUGAUGAGAGGUCCUAGAUGGAAGGGGGUUUGGUUCGACCCCUUCAUCCUGCUGCUCUUGGCUCUGCAGUUGCUGGUGGUGGCCGGACUGGUCCGGGCCCAGACCUGUCCCUCUGUCUGUUCCUGCAGCAACCAGUUCAGCAAGGUAAUCUGCACCCGCAGAGGACUGAGGGAGGUCCCUGACGGCAUCUCCACCAACACCCGCUACCUGAACCUUCAGGACAAUCUCAUCCAGGUCAUCAAAGUGGACAGCUUCAAGCAUCUACGGCACUUGGAGAUCCUCCAGCUCAGCAAAAACCACAUCCGCAACAUUGAGAUCGGCGCCUUCAACGGCCUGACCAACCUCAACACCCUCGAGCUCUUCGACAAUCGCCUCACCACCAUCCCGAAUGGAGCUUUCGAGUAUCUCUCCAAGCUCAAAGAGCUGUGGCUUCGAAAUAACCCCAUCGAGAGCAUCCCGUCCUACGCCUUCAACCGCCUGCCCUCGCUGCGUAGGCUGGACCUGGGCGAGCUGAAGCGUCUCUCCUACGUCUCUGACGGAGCUUUCGAGGGCUUGGGGAACCUUCGGUACCUGAACCUGGGAAUGUGUAACCUCAAGGAGGUGCCCAACAUCCAGCCCUUGGUUCGCUUGGACGAGCUGGAGAUGUCAGGGAACCAGCUGACGGUGAUUCGGCCCGGUUCCUUCAAGGGUCUCGUCCACCUCCAUAAGCUGUGGAUGAUGCACGCCCAGGUUCAGAUCAUCGAGCGGAACUCUUUCGAUGACCUGCAGUCAUUGGGUGAGCUUAAUCUGGCUCACAACAACCUCACCUUUGUGCCCCAUGACCUUUUUACCCCUUUGCGCCAUCUGCAGAGGGUGCAUCUACACCACAAUCCCUGGAACUGCAACUGUGACAUCCUGUGGUUAAGCUGGUGGCUUAGGGAGACCGUGCCGACCAACACCAGCUGCUGCGCCCGCUGUUACUCCCCUCCGAGCCUUAAGGGGCGCUACAUCGGCGAGCUGGACCAGAGCUACUUUCAGUGUUAUGCACCAGUUAUCGUUGAGUCUCCCGCGGACCUCAAUGCGACCGAGGGAACGGCAGUGGAGCUUAAAUGUCGGACAAAUUCGCUGACCUCCGUCAGCUGGCUAACACCAAAUGGCUCCGUUUUGACGCACGGGGCAUCCAAAGGGCGCGUCACCGUCCAGAACGACGGGACCUUGAACUUCACCAGUGUCACCAUGCAGGACAUGGGAACCUACACCUGCAAGGUCAGCAACAUGCUGGGAAACGUCUCGGCUUCCGUCCUGCUCAACGUGACCUCCGUAGACAACAGCGGGUUCAGUUACUUCACCACCGUCACUGUUGAGACAAUAGAGUCCCCGAUCGACGGGGACGGCAGAACCCCCGUACAGCCGUCCUUCGGCUGGGUGUCGUCCUCCACGACGCGGGGGACACCCAUCUCCACCGAGAAGGCCUACACCGUCCCCGUGACGGACAUAGACGUGGAGGGAGCGCUCAACGGCCUGGAGGAAGUCAUGAAGACCACCAAGAUCAUCAUCGGCUGCUUCGUGGCCAUCACGCUCAUGGCCGCUGUCAUGCUCAUCAUCUUCUACAAGAUGCGAAAGCAGCACCACCAGCAGGACCACGACGGACCCUCUCGCGCCAUCGAGAUCAUCAACGUGGACGACGAGCUGGCGGGGAUGCCGGCGAUGGAGAGCCACCUGACCCUUCCCCCGCUGGAGCACGAGCACUACAACCACUACAACUCCUACAAGAGCGCCUACAACCACGCCUCCACCCUCAGCUCGCUGCACAGCUCCGCCCACGAACCUUUACUAAUCCAAGCAAGCUCAAAAGACAACGUGCAGGAGACACAAAUCUGAAUCCAGUCCAUCUCUGAUCUGUACUAACAUUCUUCUAGGCGUACGUUUGCAGACAAAGUCAUGGCGACGUAGUCACGGCGACGGAGUCACGGCAACGUCGUCACGGCAACGGUUACAACGAAAACAGUGGCGAAAAAAAAAAACCCGUGUCACUGAGAACCAGGAUGUAUGUAUUAUUUCAACAAGUGUCUUUACGAGCAAAGAUUAUUAUUUAUUUAAAG